CGUUAUAUGUUUUCGUAAUGAACGCAGCCCUGGACGUGGGAGGGAUUGACAGCCAGCCAGUACCGCUUCUAGUUUAGCUAGUUUACUACGUGCUUUUUUAUUGAGUGCUCAACCAAGGAAGCUAGUGUGAACUGUUGCUUGGCAUGCGAACAGCAUAGAUACCUUUCAAAAUCGAAAAUCCACUGUGCCCAAGUAGCUAAACGACUGGUGAGGAGUGAGUGUGAGAGACAGAAGGCGAGAGCGAGAAGGAGUGGUCGUCAUGGCAGCCGAGGCGCAGAGACAGCGUUCUCUGUCUACAUCAGGAGACUCGCUCUACCUGGUCCUGGGGAUCGACAAGAACGCCACGCCGGAGGACAUCAAGAAGUCCUACAGGAAACUGGCUCUGAAGUUCCACCCAGACAAGAACCCAGACAACCCCGAGGCUGCUGAUAAGUUUAAGGAAAUCAACAACGCCCACUCCAUCCUGAACGACUGUACCAAGAGGAACAUCUAUGACAAGUACGGAUCCCUGGGACUGUACGUGGCCGAGCAGUUUGGAGAAGAGAACGUCAACACCUACUUUGUCCUCUCCUCCUGGUGGGCCAAGGGCCUGUUCAUCUUCUGUGGCUUAGCGACUGGCUGCUACUUCUGCUGCUGUCUGUGCUGCUGCUGUAACUGCUGCUGUGGGAAGUGUAAACCGCGGCCGCCCGCGGACCAGGAGCCAGAGUUCUACGUUUCCCCUGAAGACCUGGAGGCUCAGAUGCAGUCUGACGAGAGAGACGUUGGUGGUGACCCCAUCAUGGUGCAGCCAUCUGGAACAGAGUCCACCAGGCUGACGUCAGACAGCCACUCCAGCUACCGGACCGACACCGGAUACAACUAAACACCCCCUACACCCCACGCCCUUCAAGACUCGGUCCUGUCCGAGAGAAGGUUUCUUUGGCUGCCACUUGAAAUAUUAGCCUGAUAUUAUCAUCAAAACCCCAUUUCACUCUUGACAAACACAAGCAUCAUUCCCACCAUCACGUUUAUCCACUGGUCUCUCCGUCUCCUCUAUCCACUGGCCUCUCCGUCUCCUCUAUCCACUGGCCUCUCCGUCUCCUCUAUCCACUGGCCUCUCCGUCUCCUCUAUCCACCGGGCCUCUCCGUCUCCUCUAUCCACUGGCCUCUCCGUCUCCUCUAUCCACUGGCCUCUCCGUCUCCUCUAUCCACUGGCCUCUCCGUCUCCUCUAUCCACUGGCCUCUCCGUCUCCUCUAUCCACUGGCCUCUCCGUCUCCUCUAUCCACCGGGCCUCUCCGUCUCCUCUAUCCACCGGGCCUCUCCGUCUCCUCUAUCCACCGGGCCUCUCCGUCUCCUCUAUCCGCUGGCCUCUCCGUCUCCUCUAUCCGCUGGCCUCUCCGUCUCCUCUAUCCGCUGGCCUCUCCGUCUCCUCUAUCCGCUGGCCUCUCCGUCUCCUCUAUCCGCUGGCCUCUCCGUCUCCUCUAUCCACCGGGCCUCUCCGUCUCCUCUAUCCGCUGGCCUCUCCGUCUCCUCUAUCCGCUGGCCUCUCCGUCUCCUCUAUCCGCUGGCCUCUCCGUCUCCUCUAUCCACCGGGCCUCUCCGUCUCCUCUAUCCACUGGCCUCUCCGUCUCCUCUAUCCACCGGGCCUCUCCGUCUCCUCUAUCCACUGGCCUCUCCGUCUCCUCUAUCCACCGGCCCUCUCCGUCUCCUCCCCAGCCACCGGGCCUCUCCGUCUCCUCCCCAGCCACCGGGCCUCUCCGUCUCCUCCCCAGCCACCGGGCCUCUCCGUCUCCUCCCCAGCCACCGGGCCUCUCCGUCUCCUCCCCAGCCACCGGGCCUCUCCGUCUCCUCCCCAGCCACCGGGCCUCUCCGUCUCCUCCCCAGCCACCGGGCCUCUCCGUCUCCUCCCCAGCCACCGGGCCUCUCCGUCUCCUCCCCAGCCACCGGGCCUCUCCGUCUCCUCCCCAGCCACCGGGCCUCUCCGUCUCCUCCCCAGCCACCAGAGAUGGGGAAUCUUAUGUCAUCAUGCUCUGAUAGUGUUUCCUGAGCUUGGACUUUAACUAGGUCAUUCUCAGUGGGGAGAGGAGUGUAGGGCGACCUGGACAUACAUUAUAUACAUUAAUGGACAUUACGUUGGUUUCCACAUUGUGUGUGUGUGUUUAUACUGAACAAAAAUAUAAACGCAACAUGUAACAGUUUCAAAGAUUUUACUGAGUUACAGUUCAUAUGAUGAAAUCAGUCAAUUUAAAUAAAUAAAUUCGGCCCUAAUCUAUGGAUUUCACAUGACUGGGAAUACAGAUAUGCAUCUGUUGGUCACAGAUGCCCCAGGAGCUUGUCACAGUAUUUCUCUACAUUCAAAUGUGACUGUUGGCAUCGAUAAAAUGCAAUUGUGUUCGUUGUCCGUAGCUUAUACCUGGCCAUACCAUAACCCCAUGGGGCACUCUGUGGUUGUGAGGCCGGUUCGACGUACUACCAAAUUCGUAGGCGGCUUAUGGUAGAGAAAUUAACAUUCAAUUAUCUGGCAACAGCUCUGGUGAACAUUCAGCAUGCCAAAUGCACGCUCCUUCAACUUGAGACAUCUGUGGCAUUGUGUUGUUUGACAAAACUGCACAUUUUUAGAGUGGACUUCUAUUGUCUCCAGCACAAGGUGCACCUGUGUAAUGAUCAUGCUGUUUAAUCAGCUUCUUGAUAUGCCACACCUGUCAGGUAGAUGGGAUUAUCUUGGCAAAGGAGAAAUGCUCACUAAACAGGGAUGUAAACACAUUUGUACACAAAAUUUGAGAGAAAUAAGCUUUUUUUUGUGCGUAUGGAAAAUGUCUGGGAUCUUUUAUUUCAGCUCAUGAAACAUGGGACCAACACUUUACAUGUUGCGUUUUAUAUUUUUUGUUAAGUAUAUAUUGAAUGAGUUUAGACUGUGUAGAGACCAUAACAAACAGUCACAUUUCAUUAGCACUGGAUCACCUGUCCAUCAGUGGCUUGAGCAACUUCACUUUAAAUUUAGAGAAGUGGAACCUGAUGAUGUUCCUGAGUUCUGAGCCGUGUUCUACCAUUCUGUUUGGACCAGGAUUUAACUGCUGUUGAUGUUUUGACGCUAUUCCCCUCCUCGGGCAGCAAGGAGAUAUCUGUGUUGAGACUUGUCACGGUCUCUAGGUCCACAGCGACCAUGUCAACAGGUUUAUCUUUUUAUACAGAAACACACACAAACCCAUCAAAGAACGUCGAUUAGUUUAUCGUUGUGUACUGUAGACCGUGUCAACCAUUGCCUCCCUAACCAUGUACUGAUCAAGGCACAUGGUAUUCUGCUUUAUGGACUAAACACUUGCGCUGCUUACAGAUUUUUUGUUUUCCUUUGUUGCGUUUGUUCCCAGGAGUUUUGAUCGUAGAGUUUUGAUCGUAGUUCCUAUAAGACGAGUGAAAUAUGAGAAGCAUGUGACUAGAUAGAAAGGGAGCAGGGUACCACACUAUGAAAGAUGUGUGUUUGUUUUAAUGAAGGGUAAACACUGAUUGCACCUAGACCUACCUAGACUGUUACCGUGGAUACAGUAUAGCAGGGUUCUGACACUGAUUACACCUAGAACUACCUAGACUGUUACCGUGGAUACGGUAUAGCAGGGUUCUGACACUGAUUACAACUAGACCUACCUAGACUGUUACCGUGGAUACGGUAUAGCAGGGUUCUGACACCUAGACCUACCUAGACUGUUACCGUGGAUACGGUAUAGCAGGGUUCUGACACUGAUUACACCUAGACCUACCUAGACUGUUACCGUGGAUACAGUAUAGCAGGGUUCUGACACUGAUUACACCUAGACCUACCUAGACUGUCACCGUGGAAACUGGCGGUUGACAUGUGAUCGUAAUACAAAUGUAACCCAGGUUUAGAAAUAAUUAUGUUUUAUAGUCAAUUAUUAUAUCUGUACAAAUAAUUUGUAAUUAUGUUCUGGCACCCUGACCAUCCGCUCAAGAAAAUAAAAUCUGCCCGCGUCUGAAUCUAGUUGAAGAUCCCUGCCCUAUAAUAUGGACACAGUGUCUUUUUAAUAAGCCAGAAUGAUUUCCAUACAUUUUUUAAAAUAAAUAUAUCUCUAUUUAAUUCAGUGUCAUCAUGUGGAUGUUUUCCCUCUUCCUCCACUUUCUCCUCUUCUUCAUCAUCGUUGUCCUUUCGCUCUCUGUUGUGUUCUCUCCAAUACUACUACUACUACCCUCUGUGUUACCUACCCUCCUCCUCCUCUCUGUGUUACCUACCCUCCUCCUCCUCUCUGUGUUACCUACCCUCCUCCUCCUCCUCUCUGUGUUACCUACCCUCCUCCUCCUCCUCUCUGUGUUACCUACCCUCCUCCUCCUCUCUGUGUUACCUACCCUCCUCCUCCUCUCUGUGUUACCUACCCUCCUCCUCCUCUCUGUGUUACCUACCCUCCUCCUCCUCUCUGUGUUACCUACCCUCCUCCUCCUCUCUGUGUUACCUACCCUCCUCCUCCUCUCUGUCCAAUCCAGUGUUUGUCCCUUACUGAAACUUGACAUUAAUUUGAGCUCUGAAGGAUUUACUAACAUAAUGUAACCUGGUCUCUUAGCAGCUUUGUGUGUGCGUAAUACUGCGUACGUGUGUAUGAAAGCUUGUGCUAGGAGCUCAGAGUUCAGUGUUAGUGGGUAAAAGUGCUCAGAACGUCUCCCUCUAUAUACCUAUUACCACCAAUCUAUUCAACUCUUGGUUUUAAGAUUUGUCUUUUGAGGAAGUAAUGAGAAAUGUAUAGGUUUCGCUUUUAUUAAGUUAUGAAUAUUUGAGUUUUGCAACAAACAAAAAAAUGUAGAUUUCUUUAUUUUUUAUUUUUUUUCGCCAAUAGAUUGUAUUGUUUCUUAUUUAUGUUGUCAGGUAAGAGAAUAACAUUUUAUAUAUCCAAAAGUAGUGGUUAUGCCUGUUGGCUACAUCUCUGUCUUUAGUCAGACUGAAUAUGAGAGUAUGGCUGGAUCUCCCUAUGUAGGGCACACUUGUUUCUUUUUUUAACCAGAGCCCUACCUAUGGGACCUGGUCAAAAGUAGUGCACUAUAUAGGGUGCCAUAGGGUUCUGGUCUAAAGUAGUGCACUAUAUAGGGAAUAGGGUGCCAUUUGGGAUACAUCCUAAAAGACCAGUUUACUACAAUGAAGCAUCACCAGGUUCUAGGUGUUCCAACACCCUCGGUAGUCACUCAGACUCGCUAGCCAAUCAACUUUGUGCAGCAUGGUGGUUGUAUGUGUGAUGUAAUGCGUUCCAUGAAUCUCAUUUUUUUGUUUUUAGAUGUUAUAUAUAUAUAUAUUGUUGUUAGAUCUUGUUUUACCUCAUGUUAGCAGGCUGUGUUAUACUCCAGACUUUUUCAGUGUCAAUCUAAAAUUUUAUCCACUUGUCAUUUUGUCCUAACCUGAGUUGCCAGUCUGUUUGUGCUAUCAUACCAACUCCUUGUCACUCAUUGGCACUCGGCUUGACAAGGACAUUAAUGGGGUUGGCAAGAGCACAAACAGGUCUGGGACCAGCCUCCAUUUUGUUGAGCUCCAGUGUAAGAAAGAGCAAAAUCCGUCAGAGCAUCUUCCUUUUAUAUUCCCUCCUUUUCUUUCUAAGAAAGUUUCAAAUUAUCAAGUCAAACAUUUUUUAUUGUUUUGUAGUUAAUUGCCCUGCCCCUACUACUCACUCAUUUUGAUUUUAAUUGGUUGUAUUAUCAGAAUAUCUGUUAACACGAUUGACAUUGACAAAUGAAAAUGCCAUUUCUGUUACCCACAAAUCCUUGCUGUUGUUUCUUUCUCCUCUUUUGAGGUGUCGAAGUACACGCAACGUGUCGGAGAGAAUGCAAUGUGUAUACAAAACGCAGUUCUACCGGAUCAAGAAACAACAUUGUGUUAGAAACUUUUUUUUAAAAACCAACAAGAAAUGUUAGUGCAAAUAUAUAGCGGUAAGAUAAUAAUGAAGCAUUAUUUUAUUUUGUAUCUUUUUAAAUAAAUGAAUAUAUAGCUUAAAUGGUAUGUAAACUAGGUGUGUGUGUGUGUGUGUGGUCACUUGAAUGAAUGGUUGAGUUCUCCUGUACAUACAAGUGGAAGUAAAUAGAAGAUAGGAUGUAUGUUUUAGCAUGGUCAUCUACUGUCUGAAAGAGAAGUCGGGUGUCAUUCAUCUGAUGUGCUGUUGUAAAAUAAAUGUUUCCGACGGUUAAACAA